GUCGUCAGUAGCACCAUAGAAGGAGGAUGGAUAGAGUGGCUGUUGUGGGAGAGGGGCCACAGGUGAGUCGCAAUCGCCCUGUAUCGCGCGUCGCCCGAGGGCGCAUGCACUGACCUCAGCUGGCCGCGCAUGGCACCCCGCCGUCAGGAUUCAUCCACGACAGGCGAACGCGCACACGGACGGCUUGCGCAGCUCACCCCGCCUCACGCUCUGCUUUUCGCCCGUCUCUUUUCGCCUUACGGCCACCCUUCCCCUCGUGUCUCGUUCACCACCAGGCGGUGCGAACGCGCCGCCGACGCUGGAGGACGUGCCGCUCACGCUCCGCCGGUCGCCCGUCUCUUCUCGCCCCCUUGGGUCUCGUUCACCACCAAGCAAUGCAAACGCGCCGCCGAUGCUCGAGGACGUGCCGUGCCGCCUCACCCUCUGCCGGUCACCCGUCGGUCUCCCCCUCGCGUCUCAUUCACCACCAAGCGGUGCAAACGCUCCGCCAACACUCGAGGACGUGCCGUGCCGCCUCACCCUCUGCUUUUCGCCCGUCUCUUCUCGCCUUACGGCCGCCCUCUCCCUCGCGUCUCGUUCAGCACCAAGCGGUGCAAACGCGCCGCCGACGCUCGAGGACGUGGCGUGCCGCCGCAUGGUGAACACCAGCCCCACCGUCGCGGUUAUUCCCACUCGCAUUCUGGCUCGCAUUCUCGCUCACGCAGCCGGGGCAGUUCUAUUAGCCUCGAGGAGAUGCUCUUGGAGGCCACGACCGGCGACGACCCCAAUCGCCGCCUCGACGGCGCGCCCGCGGCCCUCGCCCGUCCGCACGCUCAGUCGCUCUCGCAUCACCCGUCGCAGCACAUGGUUAUUCCUCGCAUGGGUCAUCGCUCGCAGUCCCCUGAUCGACGCGAUCGCGCAUUCCAUCUUGGCGUGCCGCACAACCAUGCGCACUCACGCUCUGGCGCAUCAUCCUCGCUGUCCGCGCACCCCUCGCAUUAACAGCUGCACCCAUCAGCCUCUGCGUCUGGUCUGGGAGUCUCGUCUCUGGGCAGCUCUGGUGCCUCCCUUAUUCCUGGACACAGUGUGGGCAGAGAUGCAGUGGGUGCCCCAGGGCCACUUCCUGCACCUGGCCAGGUGCUGACAUCUGAGAUGCCUAAUGGGACGCUGACAACUUCUGUGGCACCGAGUCGUGCAAGCCAUGUCAAUAGAUCAGAA